AUGAAGACGCCGUGGUACCGCAGUCGUCUUUUCGUUGUACCAAGUGCUGUGCUGCUGCUUUUGAGCCUCACGUACGUUCUCGUUUCGAGCCAAAUUACGCGCGUGGCUACUCAAGCCAUUAACGACACGACUAUGCACAUGGAGACGAUGGAUUUGAGUGAUCCCAAUUCGGACUCAGUGAGGCUAAAUCUGAGUCUGAGUCUCGUGGCAACGUCCUCGUUCCCUGCAACGAUCGACGCUGCGAUGUUUGUGAUUUCGUACGAGCACGUCGCAGUCGGAGGCUUUCACGCUCCUUCCAUGCGUGUCCGUCAUGGUGCAAACAGACAGGCUUUUCCAGAUGCGAUGCUUGAGAUUCGGGACAGGAAACCGUGGGAUCGCUUUGCAGGGGACAUGAUGAGACUCGCUCAGGUUGAGUUUGAGAUUGAAAGUACACUGGCCAUCCACGUGCAAUUGCUGGGGUCACUUGUAACUUGGAGUGUUUCGGACGUUCCGUUACGGAAGAAGAUGAUGUUUAAAGGGAUGAAUGGACUACAGGACAUGCACAUUGCUCAGGUGGACAUGAAAAACUCGACACAGAAAGAGGUGGUCGCGACGAUCAAGACGUGCGUUCGGAAUCCGUCGAUCGCGACGAUCCGACCAGUAGGAGCGUUGUGUCUCAAUGCUCAUUACCCAGCAUUGGGAGAAAGCACGUUGGUUGCGCAGCUGAAGACGCCAGCAGAUACGGCAUUGUCGGUGGCUGACGGACAGCCGUCGAACUCGUACUGUGCAUCGCUGCAGGGGACGAAAGACAUGCGCAAGGGAUACAAUUUGCUGGUAUUGUCAGGCGAAAUGAUGGGUGUGAACUCGGAGGCAAUCAGUGGGCUCAUUUCCAAGUACUUGAGCAACGUGUCGGCAGCACUUACGGUCGUGACAUGUGACCCUCAAGCGACUUCGGUGGAGCUGUACAACCAAGCAAUGAAGAACUUGACGAUCAAGAGCUCGUUGCCGCCACAGAAAAACCCACUUGUAGGGAACAUGUUUUUCCACGGAAUUUCCAUGCAUGCCCCACCGAAAGACAAGGAGAACGAUAUGAUACGGCUUGAUACUGUUGUCUUAGUGGAGGCAACCAGUCCAUUGGGGCUUCAUUCAUCAUUGACUAUCACGGACGUGCGGAUGAACGUGAAUCUUACUAGCGCGGACGUGACUCUAGGAACACUGUCAACUGUGUCUGUAAAUAUUAUCGAUGGGAAGCUAAUUGGCCGAAGUAACAUUUCAGCCGACUGUCUGACAGAGCUCUAUCUUGCCGAUAAGGGAAAGGCCUUCGGCAGUUUUGUUCGGGCGUCGAUCAUCAAGAAGACUGUUUCAUUGACCCUUGCUGGAAGUAUGGACGUGGUGUGUCAAGGAGCUUUAGGUACGCUCAAGCUGAUCGGCUUGCCUCUCCACACCACUGCUUUGUUGAGCGGAAUGGAUAACUUUCAGGAUGUGAAAAUUGAGAGCUUCAGCCUGCCAGGGACUGGUGCCGCGGCAGAUCACGAAGAACCGAUCUUGACACAAGUUGAAAUCGUCAACCCGUCCGUUUUCACAGUUUUCAUCGGUACACUUACGAUGGACCUGAGUUUAAGUACACCGCGAGAGAAAUUCGGUGUGCUCUACGGGACGAUGAAUCUGGCCCCCGGGAGGAACCGACUGGAAAUGAACGGUCUUUUGAAGCCGAACAAAGAUGAAGAUGGAAAAAUCAGUGAUGCCGUGGCCGAAUUUUUCUCUACUUACCUGAACGGAAAGAGCUCGCAAGUGGUUGUUGAGAUCACAGACACGGAGUAUACGAACUGCGUCUGGAUGCGAGAGGCGCUGGUGGGAUUGACGAUUGCAACCAGCUUUUCAGGAGUCGGGAAAGGCUUUCAGAUGAUCUCUAACAUCAAAAUGAACCAACUCGAUGUCAUUCUGGACGAAGUCUUGCCUGGUGAGAGACGACUAGUGACCAAUACGCGCAUGCGAGUUCGCACAGACAUGACAGCGAAGGUGCAAAUGCCAGAAGCCGUCAACAUUUCAUUGCAGAUAUCCAACACGUCAGUCGCACUUACUCUCCAAAACGAAGAAGGGCAUCGCCUCGGGUCGUUGGUAUCCGAUCGUGAAAGCUGUGAAUACAACCAAACAAAUGGUGGAGCAUUCCGCUUAAACAUGAGCAACUAUUAUUCCAUUGGGUUUAGUAGCCUCGAUGACGUCAGUGGAAUGUCUGGAUUCGUUGAAGACUUGCUUACGAAGAAUGGUAGCGUCAUGAUGCGAUUGGCGAGUGACGUCGCUUCGACCCAAGGAGCGUUCCCGGAUGUCCAGACAAAAAUGGGCAUGCUCGCACUUCGCAAUAUCCCUAUUCAGGGCGAGCCACUUCUGCCGGCGAUGGAUUCUUUUCGCCAUCCGCCGGUCAAGGUUCUUUCUGUCGACAUCCGUCAGGGCUCGAAAGCGUCGAUGGUGAUGUCGAUGGAAUUCUCCCUGUACAAUCCUUCAAUUGUUCGGACAAAGUUAGGCUCACUGAUGCUCGACGUUUUUUUCGAUCGAGCGCGAAUGGGUUCUGCAAGCAUCUCAGAUUUUAGUCUAAAUUGCUGCGGCAAAUUGACGAUUCUCCGCGGUACUUUUGUAUACAAUCCACAGCCAAGCGAUUCGACGACUGCGGAGAGGUUCCUAUCGAACUUUGUUUGCGGUUACUUCACACACGGAGCUGCCCAGGAGAUUGAUAUCAGGGGGUCAUCGGAAAGCACAACGCUGGAUUUGCUUCGACCAGCGAUGAACGCUCUUUCGAUUCCCUCGAAGCUGCCUACUUUGGCCGAGCUGUUCCCGUCGACGCCAACUCUCGUCACAUCGUCGUUGUUGUACAUUCCGUCGAUUUUGCAUCUCACACGGAUUCCGACAUCUCUUGAGCUCCGGAACCCGUUCAGUGAAAACAUUACGUUGACAACACUGGACCUGGAGCUGUAUCCUUGCGAAGAUCAGAUUUUGGGCAAUGACGGCAAAAGGGUGUGCAAGAAGUACUUCGCCGAUUCUCUUGCUCGAUUCGCUCCUGCAGUAUUCAAGCCCAUUUUUAUCCCUGCAAAUACGGACAGCUGCUUCUCCUGCUGUCAAGGCUCACAUUGCGCCGAUCAUGUCACGUUAUGUUCACGUGCAUCAGCUGGUACGUGUCUGAGCGCUGACGUGCAGAACUUCUUGAGUCCGGAGGCUAUUGCGACGAUCGUUCACUCGUUAACUGGCGGACUGCUGAUGAGAGUUAACGGCACAGUUGGGGCCUCGAUUGGUGACUAUGCAACGCGUCUGUUUUAUCAACAAGAUGGUUUGUUUGUCACGAUGGCUGAGUAG